AUGGGGCAUGUUGAUGGGACCAUUGCACUUCCUCCUAAAACAAUAACUAAUGAUAAUGAAAUCACAUGCAAUCCUGUAUAUACAGAGUGGGUGAAGAAGGAUCAAUUUGUUAUUUCUUGUCUGAAGUUAGCUCUAUUGCAUGAUAAGUUACAGAGUUUGAGUAAAGGAACUAUGUCUAUUGAAGAAUAUCUUACUAAGAUUAAAUCUAUUUAUGAUAAUUUACCAACCAUAAAUCAUUCUAUCUCUGAUUCAGAAUUAGUCACUUGUACUUUGAAUGGAUUGCCAAAUAUUAUUGAAUAUCAACCGGUUGCCUUUGCUAUUGAAAAUAGAAAUAAUCCCAUUUCUUUUAAUGAUUUGAAAGCACGGUUAUUAGUUCAUGAAUAA